GCACACUGUAAGCUCAUCUCUUAACUUUCCGCAAAAUCGGUGGCUUUAAAUUAUGAUUCGUGGUCGUCUGCUUAAAAAGCUAUUUUUUCUGUUUAUUUUAAGUGAGUUUUGUGACUGUACGGGAACGAGCAGGAACAAACGUGCUGUAUUUCGAGAACAAGUCACUCCCGAAUUGGGCGGAAAAAUUCCAGAUUCUGCGUUUCUUCCGGAAAGGCUAUACACCAAUCGCUUAAAUAAAAAUGGCAUCUACACUAACGACGGGGUUUAUUUUCAAGAAAGAUAUCCCGAUAGAGACCACAGCUAUAAGUUGUAUCCACCUUCUACGCUUAAGCUAGAAAUAGAAAGGGACAACCGGCACGUCUCGAAACCAGGAAGGUAUUCCAAUUCGGAAAUAAUCGAUACGACGUACCUAGUAAGAGAACCAGUACGUCAAAAAUUAAUUCCACAAAAUCUCCAAACUAAAGACUUGCCAUUUUUCCCAAUUCAUUUUUUUUCAAUUAAAAACGAUUUGGAACAUCACAGGACAGUCGAUAAAACUUCCGAAGAAACAGCGGUGAUUUUGGAAAACAAUCGAUCGAUCGAUUUACUGAAAAUGAAAGAAUAUAAUUGGAUUUCUCAGACUACCCGUUUCAUUACGAGUCUGAACGGAUUGAGCAUUUGUUCAUUUUGGUUUCGGAGGGAAAGUUUGCCACAUGUGUCUCGUUCUUAUCGCCAUUCCGUCUUCGUAUUUGGUGAAGCGAAUUCAGUUUUGUGCGUUGCUAUGAAUAAGCUUUUGAUAAUUUUAUCUGCCGCACUAGUGGCGUGUGUUAGCGGUCUAACAAUCAACGCGGGUUAUUACGACUAUAACGACUUUAACAACCACGCAGUACCGCAACAGAAGACAAAAAAGGAGAGAGAACAAAAACAGGACUUCAGCAAGAUCCCAGGCACACCGGGUGUGGACUAUCCCAUCUAUCAUUCCGUUCCUCACACUGGGUUUUCUUGUAAAAAUGUACCGGCCCUUCCUGGGAUGUAUGCCAACGUAGAAACCGGAUGCCAGGCGUAUCACGUAUGCAACGACGGUAGAGAUGGGGACCAAGGUUCGUCAUUUUUAUGUGCCAAUGGUACCGUUUUUAAUCAAAAAGAGUUUGCCUGCGACUGGUGGUACAAUGUCAAUUGCCACGAAGCUACAAAUCUUUACAGGUUGAAUUUGGAGCCAGGCAAAAAUCCUUAUUAUCCGACGCCUAAACCUGACGACCAAAAAAAACUCUUAAUUAUUGCCAAAGAUUAUUAAGUUGCGGUAUUUUAUUGUUAUUUAUUGUCUAGCGUUACUA